UGGUGGUGGCGGUGGUGGUGGUGGUUUCCCGGUGGCCCAUGGCGGGGGCGUCGCCGUCCCGGGCCUCUCCCCGCUCGGCCUGCUGAGGCGGGGGGGUCCCGCAGGCGGAGCCAUGGACCGGAACAACGCCAACGCCAACAACGCCAACGCCGCCGAGCAGAACGUCAAGCUGUCAGCUGAAGUGGAGCCAUUCAUUCCUCAGAAGAAGAGUCCCGACUCGCUGGCGAUGCCCAUGGCCCUGCCCGGGGAUGGAGGCAGCGUGGGUUUGGGCAUGGGGGGCGCGGGGGCCGUGGAGCCUUCUCCCAUCCCCAGCUACCUGAUUACCUGCUACCCUUUCGUCCAGGAAAGCCAGUCCAAUAGACCAUUCCCACUGUACAACAACGACCUCCGAUGGCAGCCCCCCAGCCCCAGCCCCGCUGGACCCUACCUGGCUUACCCCCUCCUCUCCACCCCGCCACCAGUGUCUGCCGCCGAAUACACCUACUACCAACUGAUGCCUGCGCCGUGUGCCCAAGUCAUGGGCUUCUACCAUCCUUUCCCGAGCCCUCACUCCACCGCCUUCCAGACGGCCAACCCGGUCAGCCCCGUGGCUGCCGAGUGCCCCGAUCGCCCAAGCCAGCCCGGCCAGGCCUUCCCACUCACCAGCCAGCGGGGCCGAAGUGGCAACAGGGGACCGGCUGUGCUGAAACAGCCUCUACCGCAGCAUAUAAAAAGCAAGAGGCCACCGGCGAAGAGCGUGGCUACCCAGAAAGAGACCAGCGCAUCCGGGCCCGAUCCUCGAUCCAAAAUCGUUCUUUUGGUAGAUGCUUCGCAGCAAACAGACUUCCCGCUGGACAUCGCCAACAAGUCCCUGUCCGAGAGCAGCGUGGCCACUGUGCUGUGGAAGUCCAAGGGCCGGAGGAGAAGAGCCUCCCACGCAGCCGCUGAGUCCUCCAGCGAGCAGGGAGCCAGCGAGGCUGACAUCGACAGUGACAGCGGCUACUGCAGUCCCAAGCACGGCAACAACCAGGCUGCGGGCCCAGCGACCCGAAGCGCCGAGUCUGGCCCGGUGAACCUCGGGGAACCAUCGCUGAGUUCAGCAGGUGUGAGCUGGCCUCAGGCGGCUGGCCCAGCCACUCAGAAGAGACCCUGGCCAGAGAAAGCACAGGUGGCCUCCAGAGGCGGGAGACAGGCUGAGGAAAGAAGCAGUGCCCAGGCUAGCUACAGGUGCCGGGAGCACAGCACGAGCUCAGAGAGGAAGCUGAGCGGGCAGAGGAGACCGGACGUCAAGCUGUCCACCCCAAGCCAGCCAAGCAGAGCAGAGCCGAGCCCCAACUCCUUCUGUUUUGAGGAUGAAGAUGAGUUCCCAGAAUUGAACAGUGACACUGGAAAUGCUAAAGAUGAGAGCGGGCAACGAAAAAUCUCCACGAAAGUGUUGACCGGCUUGCCGGAGAAUUCCCCCAUCAGCAUAGUCCAAACUCCCAUCCCCAUCACCGCGUCCGUCCCUAAGCGGGCCAAGAGCCAGAAGAAGAAGGCUCUGGCAGCAGCCCUCGCCACGGCGCAGGAGUACUCUGAGAUCAGCAUGGAGCAGAGGAAGCUGCAGGAGGCCCUGUCCAAGGCGGCAGGGAAGAAGAGUAAGACGCCGGUGCAGCUGGAUCUGGGUGAUAUGCUGGCUGCCCUGGAGAAGCAGCAGCAGGCCAUGAAGGCGCGGCAGAUCACCAACACCAGGCCCCUGUCCUACACUGUGGUCAGCACAGCCCCAUUCCACACAAAGGACUCCGGUGGCAGGAAACCCCCGCCCCGAGGCCAGGCUGCCCCACCGUCCCUUAAUCCUCUGGACUCCACUGCUCCCAGGGUGAAAAGAGGGAAAGAGCGAGAGAUCGCCAAACUCAAGAGACCCACCGCACUGAAAAAGAUCAUCCUGAAAGAGCGAGAAGAGAAGAAAGGGCGUUUGGCAGUGGACCCUGCUCUCCCAGGAGCCGAGGAGCCGAGGGAGACCCCACCAGGCUACGGGGCGGCCGCGUCGCCAGAAGAAGCCGGACUGAGCGUGCCCAGCGACACGUCCCUGUCCCCUGCCAGCCAAAAUUCUCCAUACUGCAUGACCCCCGUGUCCCAAGGCUCUCCGGCCAGCUCUGGGAUCGGAAGUCCAAUGGCGUCGUCCGCAAUCACCAAGAUUCACAGCAAACGAUUCCGAGAGUACUGUAACCAGGUCCUCAGCAAGGAGAUCGACGAGUGUGUGACGCUGCUGCUGCAGGAACUGGUCAGCUUCCAGGAGCGCGUGUACCAAAAAGACCCCGUGCGAGCCAAGACCCGACGGCGACUGGUCAUGGGACUCCGCGAGGUCACCAAGCACAUGAAGCUGAGCAAGAUCAAGUGCGUCAUCAUCUCCCCCAACUGCGAGAAGAUCCAGUCGAAAGGCGGCCUGGACGAGGCUCUCUGCAAUGUCAUCGCCAUGGCGCGGGAGCAGGAGAUCCCUUUCGUAUUCGCCCUCGGGCGGAAGGCACUCGGCCGCUGCGUGAACAAGCUGGUGCCCGUCAGCGUCGUGGGCAUCUUCAACUACUCAGGGGCCGAGAAUCUGUUCCACAAGCUAGUGGCACUGACUGAGGAGGCCAGGAAGGCCUACCGGGACAUGGUGGCGGCUCUGGAGCAAGAGCACGCCGAGGAAGCGCUCAGGAGCGUGCAGAAGGCGCCGCACCACAUGGGCCACUCGCGGAACCCCUCCGCCGCCAGCGCCAUCUCCUUCUGCAGCGUCAUCUCCGAGCCCAUCUCCGAAGUGAACGAGAAGGAAUACGAGACCAACUGGAGGAACAUGGUGGAAACCUGCGACGGCCCAGACCCCGCCGACCUCACCAGAGAAGCCGCAGGCCAAACCCCCGAGAAGUCCGGGCCCGUCCAGCAGGACAGCGCCGUGGCCUGUAAGCCCCCGCUGGCCGCCGGCCCCGGGAAGGGCCCGGCCAGCGAGCGGGAGGAAGCGAGACCCGACGAGCUGGAGUGGGCGUCGCAACAGAGCACAGAGACGGGGUCGCUGGACGGGAGCUGCCGCGACCUGCUCAACUCAUCCAUCACCAGCACCACCAGCACCCUGGUCCCGGGGAUGCUUGAGGAGGAGCAGGAGGAUGAGGACGAGGAGGAGCAGGAGGAGCAGGAGGAGGACGACGACUACCCCCGUGCCCCCAUAUCAGCGGAAGUCCAGCUGACCAGCCGGAUUGAGUCCUGGGUGUCGGAGACCCAGAGGACUAUGGAGACCCUACAGCUGGGCAAGGCCCUCGGCGCAGGGGAGGGAGAUGGCGCUGAUCGGAGUGGCGGGGAGGAGGAGGAGGAGGCAAAUGAGGAGGAGGAGGAGGAGGAGGAUGUGGCAGCAGGAGCGGUGGCGGCUGGGGGCCCCGAGCAGGCCGAGCCGGGAUCCGAGUGGACCGUGGUGACGGUGGAGAAAUCAACAAGUGGGGCCCAGAGGCGGCCACCCGGGGGUGGCCUGCCCCGUGCAGAGGGCCCCGGGCCCGGCCCCUCCCCUGCCCCCGCCCCGCCAAACCAGUAACUCAGGAACCCGCACCCACCCACCAACUAACUGUGCGAGGGGCUGCUGCCCCCUCCCCCUCGCAGGCUUCAUCUCCACGUUUUGCACUGUCGGAUGUUUAAUACGUGUAUUUAAUUCCCAAUAGAAAUAUUUUUGUAGCUGUCUUUGUUACUUGUUUAAUUAUGAUCUGUAGCUUAGCUUCUAAUUGGCAUCUGAGUCUGUCAGAACUGUCUGAGUGAGUUCCGGUGGCAAAGUUUCAGCUGAUUUGUAAAAAAAAAAAAAAAAACUAACGCAGAAAGACCAACUCUGAGCAACACUCUUCAAAGAGGGGAGUGUUUGGAGCCGAGUUGUACGCCCGACGGCUGGUUCUGGGUUGGGGGUGGCCCGGUCCCGCCUCCCCUGAUGUCUCUGUGGGCUCUGGCUACUCCGGGCAGGUCCAGUGGGGGCCAGGUGCUCGGGAAGGCAGGCGAGGACGGUGGGGAGGGUUAGCGGAGGUAGGUGGGUUCUCUUCAGCCUGCGGCUGAGACUUUAGAGCUACUGAGGCCCUCUGAAAGGUGGGAGUUGGGGUAGGGGAAGGGGAAACAGCCCGUGUCCCAGGGGAUCCCACACCGCCCGUCAGUGGAUGAUGGGAAGAGCUCCCCCACCCAGCCCUGGGAGCAUACCCAGGCCCCAAACUUGGCCAACGCAGACACAGCAGGGAGUUCCCGGGCAGCUCCCUGCCCAGGGCCAAAACGGCCAGGGUGACGAAUGGCCUUGGACAGUGCCAGCACUCCCUGAGGGAGACGUCCGUGGACCUACUGUUGCCUGCGGUGCCCCCUCCAGCUAGGGGUCACGGGCUAAGGAAGGGCUCCGAGAGCCCAUGAGACGGGGGCCCCAGUGAAAGGGGGUGUCAAUGCUGCCGGCCGCUCCAGGGGAGUGGCCCCGGGCAGGGGCUUAAGCGGCCCCGGUGGUGGGGUGAGGAGCUUCCGCCUCCGACCCUGGGAGCUGUGGCCGUGGGGCCGGUGAGCACGCCCGGACUCUUUUCCCUAAUGCCGAAGGGAGUCUUGGCAGUCCAGGCUUGUGGGCUGCUGGGGACCCAUUAGAAGGAUGAUGGGGUCUUGACCUGGAGGAACGAGGCUUUCCAAGAAAGGCUGAGGGGGCCCGAAAGAUGGAGCACAACCGAGAGUGGCUGGGGCCAGGGCCAGGGUCUCCAGGAGGAACGACCCAGUACUUAGGCCGCCACUAGUCAGAAAUGGAGACCCAGAAAUCCUCCGUUUGGGCAGCUUCCCCUCCAGCCUUCCUGCCCCAGGGGUUGGCAUGGGGGCAUUGUCUAGCUAAGGGAAGGGUCCAAAAUACCUGCCAGCUGAGAGUGAGGGAAAAUGUCAGUGCAGAGCCAGGCUGCUUCCAGUGCGUGCUCAUUCCCAGCAGCGGGUCUCCUGCAUCGCCUCACCCGGAGGGGCCGGCUCAGCCCAGCUCCUCCCUUGUUCUUGGCCUCUGUAGUUCACUUUGUUCUUGAGGGCAGGUGGCCUGUGGCAUCCCAAUUUCUGGCGAGGUCAUUGCAGAUUUUCCAAGUGCUCCAGGCUCUGGGUUAGAGCAGAUCCAGCCCAGCUGUGGUGGUGGGGCGAGGGACUCGGGGCCAGGGGCGGGGCCGGGGCAAUCGUGACAGGCAAGUUCUUUAUUUAGUCGAAGUUGGGUUUCCAUUUCAAUGUGUACAUAGCCAAUUGACACUGGGGGCGGGAAGCUCCACAAAUGGACUUUUUCUGGCUGAGUAGGUCCCUCGGUGGGAGGGCGUCUGUCUCAGUGACACGCGUUCAGGUUGGGUGGUUGGGGGUUGGGUGGCUGUGUUUGUGACUGGUGCACCUGAUACCGGGGAAGAGGCCGGGAGAAGUGGCACGAGCCCAUUCCCAUUCCAAGGCCUCGGACGGGGUGAGAGAAGGAAAUGGAGUGGAAAAGGAACUCCCGGCGGCAGCUCGAUGAUUCUGUAUGCCGCUCCGCUCCAGCCACCUCUUCUUUCCCUCAGCCGGGGGAAGCGUGCUGGGUCGGGGUGGGGAGUUCAGUCGUGGACGUGAAGGUGUAAAAUUGUAAUCCAAUGUGACUAUAUGUAGGCAAAAGUGUUACUGUUUGAAAAGCUGCUGUUUGCUCCAAAGUGUCAUUUUAAGUAUUUCCUGUACUGUGUGCCAAGCACUCGGAUGUUUCUGGAGUCCCUUUGCGCGUUGACCCUGUUUGUAAAGAUUAAAAACUCGCUCUCUAUUUCAGAUUUGUUUCCCAGAACCCCUUCCCAUCUACAGUUCUCCUCCUUCCCUCCCUCCCUCCCUCCCCUCCCCUGCCAUGCAAGGCCAAGCCUCCCAAGGCCAUGUCCGUCCCGGCCCCGUCCACCCACGCCAGACCAGACUUCUCCAGCCCACUGGCACCCGGAUCCUCCUGCCACGGGGCUCAGUCUGGAUCUGGCAUGCUCUAGGCCGCAGGGAGUUCUCUGAACGGCAGGAGGGCCUGGCCAUCCGUGUCACGGCACUCGGCUUUAGCAUGUGACCCAUGACCCCCACCCUCCUCUCCAGGUAGCGGGUGCCCCGGCAGUGAGAGGGGGCCGGGGCUUGGGCGUGUUCUGUUCCUGGUGGGCGGGCAGGAGAGAGGGAGACUGAUGUGUGGACUGUGGCGGGAAGAAUAGCAGCGCUUUUGCACUAUGUACAUACUGUGGGGAUUCUCUCAGAACUAAUAAAUCGAUUCUCAAUCCGUC